GCUGAGAGUUGGGGACCAGCAUCUCUGUAGAUGUGUGUUCACUGCUUGCAGCAUCCCAGCUCUGUGCUGGAGAAGCCAGGGGCAUGCUGUGCCCUGACUUAGCACUCACUAAGCUGCCUGGGCGGAGGACACAGGCCCAGAGGCCAGGAAAGACCUGUGGCAUAGAAAAAACAACCACCAGGUGGAAAAUCAGGGACAGGACUGCAAGGAGGGGCAGGGUGCAUGCCAAAACACGGGUAGAGCCUUUGUAGCUCUGUAAAAGCUGGCAGGGCUGCAGAGCUGCUAAAGCAGCCAACAGCUGCUGCAGAGUCCUGGGAGCAGAGCUGGAGAUAAUUGUGGAGGUAGGAGAUGAGGUAAACUCGGGCUUACAGACUGCUGAACUGAAGAAGAAGAGGAGAGAACAGCAUUGAACCUGGCAAGGAACCCGAGACACAACGUGUGAAACGAGUCUAACUCCUGCAGAUGGCCAGCAGAGCACAGGCAGACUGCUCUAACCAGAACUGCAGAGCACUGCCACGGGACCUGGACCUUUGCUGACUGCUGUGGCCUGUGUGGUGAGCGCUCAAGGACUGAAGAAAAUGCCACUGGCGAGAUCCCUGUCCAUGACAUCUCUGAAUGGGCUUCCUCAGUGGGAGGAUGAAGACCUGCCUGUGGAGGAUUUGUUGCUCUUUGAAAUUUCUUGGGAAGUUACCAACAAAGUGGGAGGCAUUUACACUGUGAUCCAGACAAAAGCCAAAACUACAGCAGAUGAAUGGGGUGAAAACUAUUUCCUGAUUGGUCCCUAUUUCGAGCAGAACGUGAAGACUCAGGUGGAAUUCUCUGAACCUCCAAACCCUGCAGUUAAGAAGGCAAUGGACACCAUGAAAAGCCAAGGGUGUCAGGUCUUUUUUGGAAGAUGGCUGAUAGAGGGCAGCCCAUAUGUCUUAUUGUUUGAUAUAGGAUCAGCAGCUUGGAACCUGGACAAGUGGAAAGGUGACUUUUGGGAAGCCAGCAACAUAGGGAUCCCUUUUCAUGACCGAGAAGCCAACGAUGCUGUGAUUUUUGGAUCAUUAACAGCCUGGUUUUUGAAAGAGCUUUCCUGUCAGUUUGAUGACAAGCCAAAUAUAAUUGCCCACUUCCACGAGUGGCAGGCAGGAGUGGGUUUAAUCCUGUCUCGAUCACAGAAACUUCCCGUCGCCACAAUUUUUACUACCCAUGCAACUCUGCUUGGGAGAUACUUGUGUGCAGCCAGUAUUGACUUUUACAACAAUCUGGACCAGUUUGACAUCGACAAGGAGGCUGGAGAGAGGCAGAUUUACCAUCGGUACUGUAUGGAACGGGCAUCUGUGCAUUGUGCCCAUGUGUUCACCACGGUCUCCCAGAUCACAGCUACAGAAGCAGAACAUAUGCUAAAAAAAACCCCUGAUGUUGUCACCCCAAAUGGCUUGAACAUUAAGAAAUUUUCAGCAAUGCAUGAGUUUCAGAAUUUGCAUUCCAUGUACAAGGCUAGGAUCCAAGAGUUCAUUCGAGGUCAUUUCUAUGGCCACCUUGACUUCGAUCUUGACAAGACAUUGUUUUUCUUUAUUGCUGGGAGAUAUGAAUUUUCCAACAAGGGAGCUGAUAUGUUUCUAGAAGCCUUAUCAAGAUUAAACUUUUUGCUGAGGGUUCACAAGACUGAUGUUACAGUUAUUGUGUUCUUCAUUAUGCCAGCAAAGACCAACAAUUUCAACGUGGAAACCUUGAAAGGACAAGCAGUCCGGAAGCAGCUCUGGGACACUGCACAAUCUGUGAAAGAAAAGUUCGGAAGGAAACUCUACAAUUCCUUGCUGAAAGGAGAAAUCCCAGACUUGAACAAGAUUCUUGACCGAGAUGACAUAAGCAUUAUGAAAAGAGCAAUCUUUACAACUCAGAGACACACUCUGCCUCCGGUGACCACCCACAACAUGAUUGAUGACAGCAAUGACCCAAUCCUCAACACCAUCCGGCGCAUUGGGCUGUUCAACAACCGCACAGACCGCGUGAAGGUGAUCCUACAUCCAGAGUUUCUAUCAUCAACGAGCCCCUUGCUGCCCUUGGACUACGAGGAGUUUGUUAGAGGCUGCCACCUUGGUGUAUUCCCAUCUUACUAUGAACCCUGGGGCUACACUCCAGCUGAGUGUACUGUGAUGGGCAUACCUAGUGUAACCACAAACCUCUCUGGAUUUGGCUGUUUCAUGCAGGAACAUGUUGCUGACCCAGCAGCUUAUGGGAUCUACAUCGUGGACAGGAGGUUCCGCUCACCGGACGAGUCGUGCAACCAGCUGACCCAGUUCCUGUACGGGUUCUGCCAGCAGAACCGGCGCCAGAGGAUCAUCCAGAGGAACCGCACCGAGCGCCUCUCCGACCUCCUGGACUGGAAAUACCUGGGCAGGUAUUACAUGCAUGCCAGACGCUUGGCCCUCAGCAGAACAUUCCCAGCGAAAUUUGAGAUGGAACCAAGUGCUCCACCAAAGACGGAAGGUUUCAGGUACCCCAGGCCUUCAUCAGUGCCGCCAUCGCCCUCUGUCUCCCAGCAUUCCAGCCCUCACCACAGCGAAGCUGAGGACGAAGAUGAGGAUGAGAGAUACGACGAGGAUGAGGAAGCUGAAAGGGAUAGGCAGAACAUCAAGUCCCCCUUUUCCAUUGGAGCUUUGCCACAAGGAAAAAAGAAGCAGCAUGGAGAGUACAGGAACUGAACUCGUUGCUCUCACCCUGGCACUGCUCCCCAUCCACUCAACAGUUUCUUCUGUAGGCUUGGCAAGCUUUGUGUUAAGGACAGUGUGAUAUAAUUAGGGGAACCUUAAAUGUUACUUGAGCUACACUGUUGGAAAGCCUAAUAUUAUUUCACCUUGAAAGUAGUUUAAAUGACGAAUUUUUCUGUGCCCAUUUGAGGUAGAAGAGAUUUUUCAGGCUUAAUAAAACUAGAAAAUGAGACAAUCCCCUUAUACAAACUGCAGAUCACACCUUUGUCUAUGGAAUCAUCUGUGUUAAUCAUAGUCUAGACAAAUAGCUACGUUUAGGGUAUCCCAAAAGAAUUCCUGCUUCAUUUAUGUUUCCCGUUUUUCUCUCCUAAAUUAACAUGAACUUUAAGCCAGAGCUCAAAAAAUUAGAGAAAAAAAAGUGUUACUCUGGUGAAAUACUGGAAGAGUUUAAAAAGAUACACUGAAAAGAAAAUGGUCUUUCUUUUUCCUGAUGCUGUUAAUUGUAAGCUUACAUAAUUUAAAACACUUUUUUACAGCACACAGAAGUGUCUUGAUCCAGUGGUAAAACAUACUUCCUGUGGAACAGUAUAAAUGCAGUGGGCAUUUGAAUUUUAGAGACAAAUGAAGUCAUGUUUCUGAGGUCGUUUAGACCCACAAUAAACAGCAGACCGUUUAUUUUCUGA